AAACGUUCCAAUCUCCCGCAAUCAAGUUUUUUUUCGUAAAUUUAAACAAUCUUCCUCCUAAACUAGUAAAAUUUUAGCUAUCUCAGUUUGCAGCAGUGCCAAAUGUUGGAAAUCAUUCACAAUCACCGUUCGCUACGGCUAACCGAAGGGACGUUCAGUGAUGGGAAACUUCAGGAAUUCAUCCGGAACCAGACGGGUCUACUUCCGUGCGAGUACUAUCUGACCCACAAUGGCAAGCGAUUUGAUCCGCAGCAAAUCUCAACCACGGGAGUAGUUCCACUGCGCCUGGUGGAACGGCUACCGGGAGGUAAAGGUGGAUUUGGUUCCAUGCUGCGUGCCAUCGGAGCGCAGAUCGAAAAGACCACCAAUCGGGAAGCCUGCCGGGAUUUGAGCGGACGCCGGCUGCGGGACAUCAACGAGGAAAAGCGUCUGAAGGCGUACCUGGACAAGCAGAAGGAAGCACCGGAAGACGAACGAGUCAAGCUGCAGAAGAAGAUCGAUAAGCUGUUGGCCAAGCCGAAGCACGUGUUUCACGAUGAGGAAUACAACCGGAGCAGGACCGAUUUGACGCAGAACGUCGGGGAAGCGGUGCAGGAGGGUUUCCGGAAGGCGAUCGAAGGGGAGGCCGGUGUCAAAAGGAAGGCCCAGGAUGAUGGGAAGAAAGGCAAAGGGGUGAAGAAGAAGGCCAAGGGAGCGCUGUGGCUGGGAAGCGAUGAUCUUGGCUCGUCGUCGGAUAGCAGCGAUACGGAUUCGGAAGCGGACUCGGCGUGCUCGUCCGGUGGGGAGAAAUCCAGUGAGGGCGCGUCAUCUUCGACGACGUCGCCGUCGUCGUCUGUAUCAGCAAAGCAGAUGGUGACGUCCGAGGACGAGGCGAGUAAUCAGGAUAAAGGAAAGAGUGUAGAGAAGGCAACUUCACCGGAAUAAAGUUGGUUUUGAACUGAGGAUAGGUAU